UCCACGUGUACAUCUUCCUCUUCCGGUUUUUUAUUUUUGUUUGGAAAGAUGAAGGGUAUCAUUAUUGCGGUGUUGCUCAGCCUUGUGUAUUGCACAAGUCAUGCUGAUGAUGAGCCUGGCGCAAGACUCUUGGCCUCUAAGAAUAUACUCAACCAAAUCAUAGUUGAGGACAAGGACGUCACUGUCGAAUACGCAGUCUACAACAUUGGUGGCAGUGCUGCAUUCAAUGUCAUUUUGUCAGACACCAGCUUCCCCGAGGGUAGCUUUGAGCCGGUUCAUGGAUUUCUCAACGUCAAGUGGGAGAGAGUUGCACCAGGUACCAAUGUCUCCCAUGUUGUUGUUCUGAAACCAGCGAAAGCAGGAAUAUUCAACUUCACCUCGGCCGAGCUCACUUAUUCACCAAGUGAAGAAAGCAAGGAAACUGUUAGGGGAUACACCAGUGCACCAGGUCACAAAGAAAUCAUUCCAAAUAAAGAAUAUGACAGAAGGUUCUCCCCUCACUUCCUUGACUGGGCAGCUUUUGCAGUGAUGACCCUUCCCUCCCUGGGCAUUCCAUUCCUCCUGUGGUUCUCAAGCAAGUCAAAGUACGCAUCCAAGCCAAAGAAAAACUAGCACCAAGAAGUUAUUGUAAUUUAAUAGGAAUUUUCUGUAAAUGUAAUUAUUCAAUUUUAAAAAAUAAAUUAAAUAAACUCAA